GCAACAUGCGAGCGACGGUGACGUCUAGCCGAGCCGCUACCCGCUCGGUGCGUAGCGUCUGCACAGUCGCCGCCCGCGCCUCGCAUCAUCCGAUUUCGCAGCACCCUCUGCGGAAGGACGUCGCCGGAGUCCUCCACGGAAGGCCCUUCCCGAGACUGGACGCACUGCCUUGCGCCGUCACGGCGAUCACCACCACGCACAAGGAGCCGUUCGAGCUCGAGGGCGUCGUUUUCCCGAUGUUUUCGCAGCGCCACCUUCUCGACAGCGCCACCCGCUCUGAGCCUCCGAGCAGCAUCGAGGCCGCGUGCGUGGUCGGCCGGACCAGAGAGGAGGCGCGAGAGGAGCAUUCGCACCUCUCCCUCCUCUGCGAGCACUUCCUCGUCCCGCCGCCAGAGGCGUCCGCCACCUUCUUCACGGCAGACCUCGGUGGCGCGGGCAGGCUGCGCUGGGAGCAAAACACCGAGGUGAGCACGUACACCUUCCUGCGGCCCCUCCCGGAGGAGGGGUCGCCUCUCUUCGAGGCGCCCUCCCUCUCGCUCUCCGCGGUGCCGGCCUGGUGGCUCCACUCCCUGCCGGGGCGCGUGGUCGCCGCGACGCACAUCGCCGUCGUCUCGCGCGAGCCUCCGCACCCGACGCACAUCGACAUCCGCCAGUACUCGCCGCACUUCAACCGCUCCAGCUUUGUGACGGCGGCGAGUGUCGACGACGGCGACUUUCGGCUAAGAGUGGUCGUCUGGCUCGUCGAGGCGGUCCCGUCCCGCUGGCAGCACCACGCGCCCGUCGGCGGCAGAGGGCUCGACGCCGUGCGGCAGGGCCUGGCGGUGGCGGCCGCAGGGCAGCGCACGGCGGCGGGCAAGGUGGUGCAGCGCCUGAUCGAGCUGGACAAGUACCGCUCCUUGGCGCUGAUGGCGCAGCCGCUGGCGCGCUCCGUCUCUCCGCGUGUGGACGCGCUGCAGGCGCCAGCGCAGCUGCAGGGCGUCAACGACGAGCUGCGCCGCUCGAGCGCGUGCGACCUCGAGGGGCAGCGCAGGCUGCUCGACGGUCUGCUGCGCCUCACCGCCACCGCGUUGCGGGUGCAAGAGAUUGCGAGCUACCGCUUCUCCGCCGCCGCCGCCUACGCCAAGAUUGUCGAGGACCGCGUCUCCUUCCUGAGGCUGGGCCGGCUCGAGGGCGCGAGGGAGCCCCUUCCUGAUCGAACCUCGGGCUCUCUCGGCUCAUCUCGGGUACGAUCCACAGGCGCGCCGAGCUUGGAGUCCUUCCUCAUGGGCGCGCUGCAGCCCGCGAUGCGCAGCUGCAGCGCCAUGUCCGCGCGGCUCGCGUCCGUCGCCGCGUCCUCCCGCACCACCAUCGACCUGCUCCGCGCGCGGCUGACCGUCGAGCAGCAGGCGCAGAACGUGGAGCAGCUCGAGCAGCUCAAGGAGACGGCGCGCACGCAGCUGCUGCUGCAGGAGUGCGUUGAGGGGCUCUCUGUUGUGGCCAUCACCUACUACUCCACCGGCGUCCUCGGCUACGCCGCAAAGGCGGCGCACACACUCGGCUACCUGCCCGUCCAGCCGGAGGUUGCGCUCGGGUGCGGCAUGCCCCUGGUCGGCGUGGGCGUCUGGGUCGCGCUGCACCGGCUGAAGCAUUCGGUGCUGGGCGAGCGCCCGGCAGCGCCGCCGACGCAGGAACCGCGCGGGUGA